AUGAUAACUGAAGAAGAUCUCGAGAUUAUAGGCGCCCAGCCGCUGACGGCCUGGGACAAGGUGAAGAUCGUUGGGAUCGUGUUCCUGUAUCCCAUCGUAUUCGCCUACCAGCUGGCCCGCUUCCUCCUCCCCCACCACCCGCAGCGCGCCCUUCACUGGCGGCAAAAGGCGCUGCUCGCCGGCAUCCACGCCGCCAACGCCUUCCGGAGCCAGAAGCGCAUCACCUACGCCGCCGGCCACGCGCGCACCACCAACGCCUCGCUGCGCGCCUACGCCGCCAAGCACCGCGCCCACGGCCUCGAGCACCGCGAGGUCCUCGCCCCCGUCGACCCCGCCUCCUCCUCUAACCCGGCGACCGGCCAGCCCGUGCCACCGCCGACCCUGCACUUCUUCUCCGGGCCCUGGCUGGCUGACACCCCCGGCGCAGGACCGGUGGUGCUGUACGCGCACGGCGGCGGCUACCUCGAGCCGCUGGUGCCCUCCGCGCACGUCCCGCUGGCGCGCGGCGUCGCGCGGGGGUGCGCCGCGCGCAGCCUCGUAUUCCUCACGUACGCGCUGUGUCCGGCCGCGCAGUACCCGGCGCAGCUCGUGCAGGGCGUCGCCGCGCUGCGCCACCUGCUGGACGUGGAGCGCGUGCGUCCGGGGGACCUGGUGCUCGCGGGGGACAGCGCUGGCGCGCACCUGAUGGCCUCGCUGCUCGCGCAUGCAAUUGAACCCUCCCCGUCCGCGCCGCCGCUGUGCUUUGGGGGCGAGCAGCUCCGCGCGGCGGUGCUGCUGUCCCCGUGGUUCACGUGGACGGACGCGGCGAGCCUGGGCGCGAGCGAGUGCGACUUCCUGGACGGCGCGGACGUGGCCAGGCGCGUGACGGUGCUGAGGCCGCGCGUGGACGAGGUGUGGUGCGAGGUCGUGGCGGCCGAGGGCGCGCGGCAAGUCUGGGAGCGCGUGUUCGCGACGACGGACGAGGCCGAGUGUGGUAAACCGCUGGUCAAGAGGCUGCUGGUGACGGCGUCGGACUCGGAGAUCAUGUACCGCGACGCCAAGGUGUUUGCAGUCGAGUACGCGGGUGCGACGAUCGUGGUUGUGGGCGGCGAGGGGAAGGACGAGGCCGACAUGAAGGCCCGGCUUGCGGUGGUCGAGUCGGAGGCCAGGGUGUUUGCCGUCGGCGUGCGUGAGGCGCAUGUGCAACCGGGCCUGGACGAGGCUGUCGGGUAUCACGGUGAUGGGACGUGGCGUGCCCUGCAGACGUUCAUGUCGUCACUUCGAGAUUGA